AUGCCCCAAGGGUUUAAUGGCUCCUUGGUUUCUGGUCUUAUUGACCCGGCUACUAAUUCGUGGGACCAGGCUAUAUUGCAGGAUUUCUUUCUACCACAUGAUGUGGAACGCAUUUUGACAAUCCCCAUUAGCCCUAACUAUGAAGACUCUUGGUAUUGGCAUGGAGACCCACGAGGGUGUUAUACUGUUAAGCAGGGUUAUAGGCGCAUUUGUGGCGAGUUUGCUAUUGACCCCAGAGCUUUUGAUAAAUGGAUACCUCUUUGGAAGAUUAAAUCACCUCCCAAAUGGAAGGCUUUUCUUUGGAGAGCUCUUACUGAUGUCCUUCCCACCACUACUAAUAUCAUUUUAAAGAGGGUAGGUGUUCACCCAUCAUGCCCAAUGUGUGGUCUAACUCAUGAAAACACAAUGCACUCCCUUGUCUUGCGUGAUUUUUCAAAGUUAGUUUGGCAUGAGGCUACUAUUUCCAUACCAACCUUGGGGGAGAAUAAUUUUACAGAUUGGUUCUCUAAUAUUUUGUCUAUGCUCACGGCUGAGGAUCUUGUUCUUGCAGUAGCCACUCUUUACCACAUCUGGUUGGCUCACAACUCGGCUGUCUGGAAGAAUUGCCUGCCCUUACCGAAGUCAGUAUGGCGUUCGGCGUAUGCUGUAGCGAUGGCGUGGUGCUCUAUCCAUCACGAUCAGAACCAACAGCCAACUUCCUUGUCGCCGACCGUCAGCCCGCCAGCACUGCAACCUCAAGCUCUGAGUCCAGCAGCAGGUUAUAGAUGCUACUUCGACGCAGGGUACAUGGAGGAUACGAGGAGGGCGACUAUUGGAGCGGUUCUUCUUUCGGCCAAUGGCGAUUUUCUUGCAGCAUUCAAUGGCCCGUUACAUGGCUGUCUAUCACCUCUCAUGGCGGAAUCAAUGGCAUGCAAAGAAGUCCUCUCUUGGCUUAAGAACCGUGGCUUUGACCAUGUUGCACUCCACACCGAUUGUGCAAGUCUUCACCGUUUGCUUACAACGAUUCACAACGAGCUGUUUUCUUAUGUUGCUUUUUCUAUUGAAUCCUCAAGGGCUAUCAUGUCGUCUUUUACUAAUUGUUCUAUUAGUUUGGUCCCUAGAGCUGCUAAUCUAGGGGCUCAUUCCCUUGCCUCUUUGGCCUACUCUCAGACUGGUUUUUUGUUUUGGGAUUCUAUCCCUCGUGACGCUAUUGCAGCUUUGAUUUAA